GUAUGUUACAUUGCUUAUCCUCGAUUACAUCAAUCAACCCAAGAGGAAAGGUUUAUGGGAUAUCUGAACAUGAUCUGUUGCAACAAAACAGCAGUGGUUUAGCUUCCAUAGAUCAUUCUCUCGAGGUUGACCUCGUGGUUGACUUCACCGAAGACGUUGACGAUCAAUUAUUUGAAGACUCAGAGCAAGAAGUUGACGAAUUUGAAGAAGAAUCAGAUACAGAUUUAUCGGAUUUAACAGAUUCUCAAGAUGAAGAG